UUUCUCUGUAGUCUAUGGUUAGAAUGGCUGUCGAUCGAGCGUAGGGGUGUCGUAUUGUCGUAAAUAAAUUGUGUGAAAAUCAAUUAAUUCCUGAUGUAAGGUAAUUGUUGUUAAGGAUACGUUUAUAUUUUAAGUAUGGGAUCCCGGGGCUGACAACAGUUUCUUUUUUGGAGUUGUCUCCAGGAUUGAGCCCCACGACGCGAUCCUACAGUUGUGCUGCCACCACAUCUGAGCAGUUGAUUACAGUGGUACACAGGGAAGAUGGCGCAAGUCGGAGCGAACAUGGAAUACCAGGAGUACAAGUGGGCUUACUCAAUCAUGGAUUCCUCCAAGGUAUCGGCGUGUCUGAUCUCGAUGCUGCUCAUCGUGUACGGCAGCUUUCGGUCGCUGAACAUGGAGCGCGAGGCGCGGGAGCGAGCCGAGAGGGAGAGGGAAGCCUCCCUCUUGGGAGGGAAACCUACCACCACCAGCUCCAGUUCCAACUCUAAUGUGCAGACUCUGAACACGAUGCAAGCGCUAUGCUUCCCGCUGGGCUCGUCGGUGGCGCUGCUUAUCAUGUUCUUCUUCUUCGACUCCAUGCAGACGCUCGUCGCCAUAUGCACUGCAAUAAUAGCAUGCGCGGCACUAGCGUUCCUGCUGACGCCGCUGUGCCAGUACGUGGCGGGCGGCGCGCGCGGCGCGGUGUGCGGGCGCUACUCGGCGCCGGAGCUGGCCGCCGCGCUGCUGGCCGCCGCCAUCGUCGCCGUCUGGGUGCUGACCGGCCACUGGCUGCUCAUGGACGCGAUGGGCAUGGGCCUAUGCGUGACGUUCAUCGCGCUGAUCCGGCUGCCGUCGCUGAAGGUGUCCACGCUACUGCUGACCGGUCUGCUGCUGUACGACGUCUUCUGGGUCUUCUUCUCCUCGUACAUAUUCACCACCAACGUCAUGGUCAAGGUGGCUACAAGGCCGGCGGAGAACCCAAUGAACGUGGUGGCGCGGCGGCUGCAGCUGGGCGGCGCCAUGCGCGACGCGCCCAAGCUGUCGCUGCCCGCCAAGCUCGUCUUCCCCUCCAUGCACCACCAGGGACACUUCUCCAUGCUCGGUCUGGGAGACAUAGUGAUGCCAGGCUUGCUGCUGUGUUUUGUGCUGCGAUACGACGCUUAUAAGAAGGCUACGCUAGUUUGCCAAAUGGGACAGGUUCCUGGCCCGAGGUCGAUGGGUUCCCGGCUGACGUACUUCCACUGCUCGCUGCUGGGCUACUUCCUGGGGCUGCUGACGGCGACGGUGUCGGCCGAGGUGUUCAAGGCGGCGCAGCCCGCGCUGCUCUACCUCGUGCCCUUCACGCUGCUGCCGCUACUCACCAUGGCUUAUGUUAAAGGAGAUCUCAGAAGAAUGUGGAGUGAGCCGUUCAUAGCGCCGCCGGCCGGCAAGGCGGGCGCCGACUUCGACGUGUGACCGCCGCGACGCGACCUGCUCCUCGCCUAGGCGGCGCUACACCCUGUACAGUUAGACACACUCCCACCACAACACAUCACAUAGUAUUACUCCUUCUCGAUGUGUCAAUAGCGAACACUCUACCAUGGAGAACUAAAUCACUAGCGGAGAUGUCAUAACGGAAAAUUUAACAAAGUAUGGUGUUCAGGGGACAAGGAUCGUUACUGUCUCCGCUCUCAUAUGCCUUUCGAACACGCCUAUUCUUUGUAAUACCAAAAAUCGUUAACAGAUGUCUCAAAAAACUCGUGAGUUCGCUCGUAACUGGUCUUUUUGUCAUGUCCACCGUACGUAUUUGACCUAGUAGAAGGCGCCCAACCUACCUACAUAAUGGCAUCUCCGCUCAUCUUUCCUUCCUCCGUGCACUAUGCGUAUAUAUUCGCUGACUGUAACUAACUGUACAUGCAGCCCUGGGCCACACGUGACUUCAUGUGUUUAUUAUUAUUAUUAUAAAGACAUAAGUUGUACUUUUUAGGUUAGUCGAUACGCUUUUGUUUCGUUAGUUAAAUGUUAAGUUGGAAGUUACAGCACAGGGUGACUUGCUGUCUACGAGCUAACUGUGAAGUGAUCAGCAACAGUGCGAGAGAUUUGGAUAAUCUUUCAUUCAAUUACACUAUGACAGUAAUACAAUUGGUAUUUCGGAAAUACUCAGUCGUAGCAUUUGAUGAAUUUUAUAUCUCACUUUUUUAUGUUGUAAUAGAAGCAAACAUACUGUACGCCAAGAUAAUAUAAACCUUGAUACUGCAUAUUAUAAUAACUCGGUGGUUGAGUAACCCAAACCGACUGUGUAACAGCAGCAUAAGUAGUGAUAGAGCAGUUUACGCACUGACGCACACAAUAAAUAUGUAUUUGAAAUAUCCAAGGUUUAUAUCAGCUUGACCAAUCGUUUUCGUUGACAGUAUAAUACUUAAAGAGCCGCAUGAACAGAUACACUUUUUUGUAGGUCUGGUUGAUAAUAUAAGUUAGAUCUUGUAAGAAUCUCAUUUUUACUUUACACCAAUACGUAAUCAUUUUAUAGGAGUGUUUAUUUGAAUAAAGAUCAAAUUUAGUAAUCCCCACAUCAAAUAUAAAUGUAAUUUGUUUGGAGAAUGGUCAUCCAUCAUUAUUUUCAAUGAUCAAUCUUUGUUGUCACUGCCUUAGACUGAUGUUUUCAAUGAAGAUUUUUUCUAUAUGUUGAAUGGAGUAUUAUAGACAAAUGUUAGACUAAAAUAUUAGAAUAUAAGCUACUAACUAUUGUUGUUAUUAUUAUAACAACUGUAUUGUUGUUGUAAAUUAUUUGAUUGAAUUUAAUAAAAGAUGUUAAGACAUUACAUCGUAAGAGGUAUACUUGGUAUGUGUGAUUUAAUUUUUAUAACGAUUUAUAACAUUUUUAAUUUUGGAUUUAUUUUGAAUAGGUUUAUUUUGUACUAAGUGGUUAUCAAUGAUAAGUUUACUGUGUGCGAGCUAAAUACUAUUAACAUGGAGCAGUAUUCUGACAAAAGUGAUGUAAAAUAAUUAUUGAGGCUUAAUUUUAUGAAGUAACAGUGAAACUUAUGAAUUUGCUGAUGUCUAUCACAUAGAUCUUAAUUUAAUUUGAAAAUUUCUUGCUUUGUGUUUUCAAUGUAAAGUGUAACCAAAUAGUUUUGGUGUAUUUUAUAGAUAUUUAUAUAAAUAGUCACUGAAGUUUUCUCAUUGAUGUACAUAACUAUGUGAAAUUAAUAUUAAGAUUGAUGUUCCAUUAUUUGCGUCACUGUUUCAUCUCAUCAUUGAUCUUGAGACUAUUAAUGUAAAUAUAAAAUGCCCACACAAUUCAUUACCUGCCAAAAUUUGGAAAAUUGCAUUUAAUAUUUUUAUAUGUAUCUGUGGGAGUAUGUUAUAUUGCUAUAAAUACUUAAUAAAAAUAUUAGAUGGAAGUAAAA